CAGUUCAUUGUGCAGAAUGAACGACGCAAAAGUAAGCGUAAGCUUUUCCUGCCAGCGCUGCCUGCAGCCCAUCCAUGUCGACGAUACGUUCGCCAGCCUGGGCGAACAUACGCUGGCGGAGCUUGCCCUACCGAUAAACUCACACCUGGAGGUUGACCUGGAAUCACAAUCGGCCAGCUUCGAUCACUUUGUGCCUCCGUUUCGAGUAACCGAAUCGACGAACGACACCAAUGGAUUCAUGCUGCUUUCCGACGGUCCGGACAAAGAGUCGCUCGGUCACAGUUUGCGCGUGAAGGCGGAACUGUUCGAUGCACUUUCGAACAAUUCGGAAAUAGAUCAUCCGCUUUGCGAUGAGUGUACCGAUACGCUGCUGGAGCUCAUGGACAAACAGCUAAAGAUAGCCGAGGACGAAUGGAAUGAUUAUAACAACUAUUUGAAAAAGCUAGAAAUGACAGACGAUGUGCCAAACAUUGAAGAGCUAGAAAAGGAACUGGCCGGAUUAAAGCUGGACGAGUCGCAUCUGCUCGAGGAGUUGAGCAAUCUGUCACGCGAAGAGCAAUCCAUCCGGCAAGCGGUAGAGGAACAAGAAAAGGAAAAGCAAAGACUCGAACGGGAAGAGAACAAAUAUUGGCGCGAGUACACGAAACAUCGCCGAGACGUAAUAACCACCGAAGACGAGUUUCGCUCGCUCGAAUGCCAAAUGGCGUACGCACAGAGUCAGCUGGAAAAGUUGAAGAAGACGAACGUAUUCAACGCCACCUUCCAUAUAUGGCACUCGGGACACUUUGGAACGAUAAAUAACUUUCGGCUCGGGCGUCUGCCUUCGGCACCGGUCGAUUGGUCGGAAAUUAACGCUGCCUGGGGUCAAACGUGUCUGCUCCUGUCAGCAUUAGCGCGCAAGUUGAAUUUUACCUUCAAACAGUACCGGCUUGUUCCGUACGGCAAUCACUCGUACGUAGAGGUACUGGGCGAAGGCAAAGAAUUGCCACUAUAUGGUAAUGGAGGCUUCCGUUUCCUGUGGGACUCAAAGUACGAUGCGGCAAUGGUCGCAUUCCUGGAUUGUUUGCAACAAUUUAAGGAAGAAAUCAUCCGAAGAGACCCUGAUUUCUGUUUACCGUACUUGAUGGAAAAGGGAAAGAUCGAAGAUGCAUCAACUGGAAGCAGUUUUUCCAUCAAGAUUCAAUUCAACUCAGAGGAACAGUGGACGAAAGCGUUGAAAUAUCUCCUUACAAAUCUGAAAUGGGUUCUCACGUGGGUAUCGUCCCAGUUCACCGAAGACAAGCGGUAGAACUCGAUAGCA